UGAUUGUUACAUUAGGGCCGUGCAGGCAGGUUAUACAGGUUCUUUAUCUGCAGUAAUCCAGUGUUCACACAGAAGCUGAUAGAUGAAGAGCUGAAGACAUGGCACCAACGUUUAAUGGAAAACCAGGAGACCUGAUCCAGAUCUUCCGUGGGUCCUAUCAGCACUGGGCCGUUUACAUCGGAGGAUAUGAAGUGGUUCAUUUAGUUCCAGACGGUGGUCAGUCAUCUGGCUCGUUUGAGCUUCUGAGCAGCAGAGCAGAGGUGAAGCGUGAGAAGCUCACUGACGUGGUCGGCCAUCACCGUUUCAAAGUCAACAAUCUGCUGGAUGAAGAGUACAAGGCUCGUGAUCCUUCCAUCAUAGUGAAGGAGGCCUGUGAGAUGGUGGGCCGUGUGCUAUCGUACAGCGUUGUCUCUUACAACUGUGAGCACUUUGCUGCUGACCUGCGAUACGGCAAAGCAGAGUCCAGACAGGUUCAAACAGCAGGUUUGAUCACAGGAGGUGUGUUAGCAGUUGGGGUCUUAGCAGCUUUGGGUGCAGCUCUGUUCAGCAGCCUUUCCAGCAAAGAGGAACAGAAAGAGGAAGAGGAAGACUACAGGAAGAAAAGAAGAAGACAUCAUCAACACUGGCACUAAUGAGACAGAAACAUGACAACAAAGAUCUCUCUAUUGUUUGAGUUGAUUCAGAUGACAUUGAUUAUGAUUGAAACUAUUUAAAUAAACAAUUUCACUUGUGCAGACUAGAGAGGAAACGGUUGUUGUGGUUCCUUCAACACAGUUAAAAGACUGGACCUUGAAUCAGAACUAAUUGAAGUCUUUCUUCAGAGAAAAUGAUUUUCCUAAUUUUAAGACUUGAAUCUAAACUGUGAAUGUAAAAAAUAUAUUUAGAAAAGCCAUUUAUCACAUGUUUCCAUUUAUUCAUUGUACUCAUUUGUUUUGUUGUGAUCAAUUCUUCAUGAUAUAUUUAAUGUAAUAAUCGAAGUAGAAUUAAAUGAAAACUAUCUUUUCAACAAUG